AUGAGUAUUGAAAUAACCAAAAAAAAAGAAAAACAUUUAAUUAAAUUAGAUAUUGACGGAACUAGUACUAAUCCAGAUUUUUCCACUUUAAAUCAAAAAUUAAAAAUGGUUUUACAAAAGUUAAAGGCUCAAGGACAUAAAAUUUGCUUUACUACUGGACGAAAUUAUCUAUCGGCUUUAUCCUUUUAUAGAGAAGUUGGUUUAGAUACUUUUUUGGUUACUUAUAAUGGUGCUUUUAUUAAUAACCCUUCGGAUCAAAAUAAUAAGGAGGUAGUAGUUUUCCAUCCCAUUAAAAACGAAAUAGUGAAAGAUAUUUUAAAUGAACCGAUGAUUAAAAGAAAUCUUUGCAAUGUUCUAAUAGAUCAUGUCAAUGGAUUAAAAAAAAAUAGUGAAAUCGAUCUAAAAACUAUUAGCACUAGUGAUGAUAUCUAUUAUCGAGAGAUAUUUUUUAAUAAUAAUCCUUUCGCUAAAGGAGAAAAUAUUUUGCAACUGUUAGGAGAGAAAGAUGCCUUGCAAGUAGUUUUAGAAUUUCCGAAAGAUGAGAAAUUGUUUAAUGAAAUUUUAUUAACUUUACGGAGAAAAUACAGCGAUGCGAUUACUUUUUAUUUUGGCAGCAAGUUAAAAGCUAAAAAUCCCGGAGACAAAAUUUUGAUUCCGGAUCCAGAAAGGAAAAUAAUCAAAAUCCGUAAUAAAUUAGCCAGUAAGGGCAUGGAAUUAGUGCACAGUGUUGGUAAAGGGGUAGUCACCGCUGAUAGUGAUAGUUAUUUAAAAACUUAUGCUUAUGGCAUAACUGAUCAUGGAAUUUUUAAUAGUGAUGGGGAAAGGAAUAACAUUACAAAAUUAAAAAUUAGAAGAAAAAAUCUCGAAGGUCAUCUUGAUUUGCAAGAUUUUGUAAACUUAGAGUUUUUAGACUGUUCACAAAAUCAGCUUACUAGUUUAGACUUGAGCAAAAACGUAAAAUUGGAAGUAAUUAAUAUUUAUGACAAUCGAAUUAGUUGUACUGAAUAUGCCAAACUUGGUAUUUUCUCACACUUGGUUAAUUUGCAAAAGUUAGAUUUAGGUUUCAAUACUGACAAACAAUUACAAGAAUUGAGAGAAAGAAAUUCAUUAGAAUGA